AUGCCUGAGAGAGAUCUUGUUGCUUGGAACUCUCAGCUAUCAGCACUUGGCCAAGCUGGGCAUUUGCAGGAGGCGAAGGACAUCUUCUCCAACAUGCCAAAAUUUGAUGCUCUGUCUUUUACGUCCAUGAUUCAGUGCUUUGGCCAGCACGGCCUUUUGGAAGAUGCCAAGUAUUUCUUCCUCGCACUGCCUCACAAGGAUUUGGUUGCCUGCACGGUUUUUCUUGUUGUCUUGGUGGAAAGUGGCUGCUUUCACAAGGCAAAGAAUCUGUUUGAGUCGAUUGAGUGUAUAGAUGUGGUUUCAUGCGCGGUAAUCCUGUCCGCUUACGCAGAUCACAACGACAGUAGCAUCGCUGAGGCUGAGCAAAUCUUUUACACCAUGCAGCGCCACAACACGUUUGCUUGCACUGCAAUCCUGCGCUUGUAUUCUCGGCAAGGACAGACUCACGACGCCGAAGCCAUAUAUUUAGGUCUGCCUGAUCAAGGCGAGCAUUUAGUCCCGGCAACCGCUCUCAUUACAGCAUAUGCUUGCAAUGGGCAUCUGAAAAAAGUACAGAAACUCUUUGAUGGAAUGAAGGAGCGAAACGAGGUUACGUGGACUGCCAUGCCGACAGGAUAUGUAAACAACCACAGGCUAGAGGACGCCCUGUGGAAUUUUGAGAAAAUGCCGGGUCACAGCGAGAUACCAGUGAUUGUGCUCAUGUCGGGGUAUGCCCGAAGUGGACAUAUGCUUUUUGCUAAGAGAAUUUUUGACAACUCCAGUGAAAAGAGUGCUAUUGCUUUCAAUGCUCUCUUGUCUGGUUUUUCAUCAAAUUCGCAGUUACUGGAAGCCAAAACAUACUCUUGGAUUGGGGCCAUUUCCAGAGCCUUGGAUGCCUUUCAAACCAUGGUCACUACUAAUACACCUGAUGAAGCUAGGUUAACAGCUUUGCCCACGUCAUGUGCUCACAAAGGCACUGCUGCCAUAGCUUGGGAUCUCUUUGUGUCUUUCCAGUUUGAUCACUCCAUCAAACCCUCAAAGCAGCACUACUCGUGUAUGAUUGGUGUGCUUGUCUGGUCAGGGUAUAUCCAAGACGCUGAGAAUCUUCUGUGGGAGAUGCCAUACUACCCAGAUUCCAUGCAUUGGAAGUGCUUGCUUGGAGCUGUAGUGAGUGGAGAUGCAAUGAAAAAUGCCAUUAGUGUGGAGCCUAGUAACAGUGCUGCAUAUGUUCUUAUUGCCAAUUCUCACAUAGUUACAUAG